UUUAUAAGUUGGAAAAAACUAUAAGAAAAUCUUAAGAUGACUUUUCCACUUGGGUUGUGGAAGUGGAACGAACACCUUCAUAGUGGAAGUAUAACUAAUCUGAUUUGGGGUGGUGGGUUUUUAACAAGCGACCUAGUUUCAUGUAUGGAGGAAACGAUCAGAAAAUGGUGACAGCUACUCGAAGUUUUGCUGUUCGGAAGCCGAAUGAAAGUAUGAGACAGAUUGUGUUACUUUUUGCUGGAGGAUUUUUGGGAUUAAUUGUUGGAUUAUCACUUCCACCACUGUCCAUAACCAAGUUGAAUCUGCCAUAUGGCCUGCUUCGAUUCUCUAGUGUACAGGAAAAGUAUAUAGAUAGCAGCACCUCAUUUCAAGAGCAGUUUCAAAGUGACCCAACAAAGAUUUGGGUUCCAACAAAUCCAAGAGGGGCAGAAAGGUUACCUCCUGGGAUUGUUAAUGCAGAAUCGGACUUAUUUUUGCGAAGAUUGUCUGGUAUUCCUAGUGAGGAUUUAACCUUUAUACCGAAGUAUCUCGUGACCUUCACUGUGGGGUAUGAGCAGAAAAAGAAUAUCGAUGCAGCUGUGAAAAAGUUUUCAAAGGAUUUCACAAUCCUUCUAUUUCAUUAUGAUGGCCGAACAACGGAAUGGGAUGAGUUUGAGUGGUCAAAACAGGCAAUUCAUGUCAGUGUUCCCAAACAAACCAAAUGGUGGUAUGCCAAGAGGUUUCUGCAUCCAGACAUUGUGGCACCAUAUGACUAUAUUUUCAUGUGGGAUGAAGACCUAGGGGUUGAGAAUUUCAAUGCAGAAGAAUACCUAAAACUGGUGAGGAAGUAUGGCUUGGAGAUAUCACAGCCUGCAUUGGAACCUAGUAAAAGUACAAAAGGGGUGUGUUGGAAUAUGACAAAGAAAAGAGAAAAUAGUGAAGUUCACAAAGAAGCAGUGGAAGCAGGAAGGUGUAAGUACCCUCUUCUACCUCCUUGUGCAGCGUUUGUUGAGAUUAUGGCUCCAGUGUUUUCACGAAAUGCAUGGCGCUGUGUGUGGUAUAUGAUUCAGAAUGAAUUUGUGCAUGGAUGGGGUCUUGAUUUUUCUUUUAGAAAAUGUGUUGAGCCUGCCCAUGAGAAAAUUGGAGUUGUUGAUGCUCAGUGGAUUGUUCACCAAGGUAUUCCCUCUCUAGGAAAUCAGGGAGAAGCACAAACUUCUGGGAAACCUGCAUGGCGAGCAGUGAAGGAGAGGUGUGGCAUGGAGUGGAGAAUGUUCCAGGGCAGAUUGACUAACGCAGAAAAGGGAUAUUACAAGAACAAGGGAAUUGAUUUUUCUAAUUUGCUCGUUCAUAAUUAGCUUGUCUUUGUUUUCGAUAUCAUUAUUUUCAUAUUUUAUUGUUUAAUUUGUAAGCAAAUAUCUUUGUAUAAGUUUAUUCCAUAAACAGUACAAAAUUAAGAUAAGUGAAGGAUUCAAUUGAAAUAAUAGAAUAAAUCAUUUUUACACCAUGAACUA